ACAGUUUAUCAACUUCCGGUAAAAUGACGCUUUCUGUAGGAGACGUGUCUUUGAUUGAUUGAUUGCACUUUAUUGGCUGUUGGCAUUAUAGAAACCAUGAUGGAAUCGAAUUCGAUGACGAAGAUUGUUUUUAUUGUUUGCACACUUCUGUUUUGUACUAAUGGCGUUAGUAAUGCAUUAAAGAGACCCAAAGAUAUAAGUGAAGAGAUGUUCUGUUUGGGUUGUCAGGUCACUGUCAAAGAACUUGAUUUUAUGUUAAGCCGGAAGCCCACUAGAGGUAUGGGUGAAACAGUUACCCGUGCUUUGAAACGAGUAUGUGACAUACAUAAUUUUGACAAGUAUGAUACUGAUGCCAAGAAGGUUUUACAAGUUUGUAAACACAUCAAAGGAGACGAAGGGAUGGAAGCUGUUCUGAUAACAGAAUAUGGUCGGAAACAUGCCACUGGUAAACAGACAAGUUAUCUAGAUAUAACACAGAUGAUUUGUGGCACUGUACUUAAGGCUUGUCAUGAAACUAGGACACUUGAGGUCAAUGAAGAGGAUGGUGGAAUCACUUAUGACCCUGUUGCAGAAGAUUUCUCCAUUAAACAAGGGAAAAAGGUUCGAAUCCCAAAUCCUGUUCAGGAGAAGGUAGUUGAACCAAACCAUACUGCUGACAGUGCAACAAGUGCCAAGCCAUUAGAAGAGAAAGAAGUAACAGUAGAGGAAGCUGGACAGAUUGAGGAAAACACAGAUUCUCAUGAUGAACUUUAAUGAUUAUCUAGGUUUUCCAUUUUUAGCACAAGUACCAUGUGUAGUAACAUGGAAGUUGGAUUCACUUGAUUUAACAUUGUCUGAUCUACAUUGAAUGUGGCUUUGUUUGAAAACUAGUUAUAAAAGGUCAUAAAUAAUUUUAAAAAACUAGGAAAUUACCUUUAAGACAAGUUAUAUCAUCAAAUUGUAUAAAUUACCUUUGUUAAUGAGCAAACAUGUCCCAGUGUAUUUGUUAAUUGGCUAACAUACAGUAGGUCAACAUGAUGUUACUAAUUGUCUUUGGGCUAACUUCAGCCAACAUGAAAAAGGCUUCAUAGAAUUUCAGAAUCAGGGGUAGUGUGAUUGCAAUAGUAUUUUCUUGUUGGUGAAUAGUCAAAUCAGUUGUAUGGAAAGCCAUUCAGUAAUUGUUCUAUUAUUUAAGGUAGUUCCGACGUUUGGAUCGAAAUAAAUUCUACAAUGUAGAAUUUGAUUAAACUCUUAUUUUUCAAAACUUCAGAAUAUACCUAGAAAAUUCAGCAAAUAAAAAAGAUAGGGUCGUGUGCUUGAUUUUUUGCUAGACUGAUUUGAAAAAUGUGGACCUCACGCAAAAUUUCAUACUGGGAGUCUAUGGGAAAAUCAUAACUUUCAUAACAUUUUAUCGAAUAGAAUUUUUUCUACUAUGUAGAUUUUGAUAAAACUUCUCACAAUUGUAUAUAAUCACAUGGCCUCUAAUUUGGUGUAAGAAAAUGUAUAGCUCCAUGUGCUUAUUUUUGAGAUAUUUGACCAUAAUUAAAAGGAACCGGACAUUUCACGUUAAUUUUAAGACAUUAUUUUGAAUUUUUUAACGUCCCAUAUGUUUUAAUAUCAUAUUUUGACUUAAGACAUGUAGAAACAGUGCCAUUGUAAUAAAUUUACUCACAGGUUUCGAUUAAUUCAUAAAGUGAUUUUCAUUUCCGUACGCCGAAUCCUGGCUUUAUUCUACGUUUUCCGGAUAAAUGACGUUACGCCAUCACUUCCGGCUUUUCAAACGUGCAGAACUACCUUAACAUUAGAAAUAUAUAUAUUUUUUUUUGUGCCCUCCCCCAAACCCCAUUUUUGGUUGCGGGGUUUAUCCCGGUACCAAAGUUAAGUGUAUUUCUGACAAUCAUGCAGCAUCUUUAUUUGAUUCCAAAUCACAUCCAAAGGAAUUUGUUCAUGUGCUACACAAACUAUUCCCAUUCAUGAACAAUGCGGAUGAAUUAUCAAUGAUCUAAUAGUUCUUAUUCAUCCUCUAUCCAUUCACACUGGCCAUUUAGAUUAUAUAAGAUCUGUCAAUGAUUAGGUAUUUCAGCCCAUGUUUACAUCACUGACUUCCAGCUGUUCAUGUAAGGUCAGGCAGAGUUUAUCUUAGAUAUGAGGCACAUUAGUACAUUUGUAUUUGUUUCUUAUACAUGUAUAUUUAUAGAUUGGCAUUUAAAAUGAAAAUAACUCUAGCAAAACCCGCAACCACCAGACAUCUCGAGGCUUUGAUUUUGUGUAGGACUUAGAUUUGCCCUUGUCCAUAUGUAUGUCUGUCUAUCAGUAUUUGUGUUGAAUUUAUCUCAAAAAUAUUUGACCUAGAAUCAUUUAACCUUAUGGGAAUAUUGUUUAAAUUGUGAAGUUGUGCACUGGGAUAAUGCUUGAGAUCGAGAGUUAUUCCCUUGAUUUAGUCAAACAUAUGUUUGAAUGGACCUACAUGUCAGUGUGGCAUGUAUUUCAAAAAGUAUUUGACAUUAAACAUUGAAGGAUUGUUACAUAGCAUGUGAAGCUGUUUGAGAUUUGCCAGACUAGAGUUAUUGCCAUUGACUUAGGAAAAGAUACAUACCAAGCCGGUAAAUGUUUGUCACAUAUAUUUCAAAAGGUACAAUGUACUUGACCUAGUCAUGAACCCAUAUAGGAAAGUUAUUCAGCAAGUGACUUUGAUCACCUGGGGUUUGUUUGGUAGUUCACUCUGCAAGACAAGAGUUAUGGCCCUUGACUUUAUCAAACAAUUGAUUGAGGGCCUGAAAGUCUAUGUCACAGGUAUAUGAGCACCACCUAACACCAAACUCCUUAAAGUAUAUACAAUUUGUACUCUUCCAGAUCCUUGUAUCUUGUGUUUCUUGAUGAUAUUUUGUAGUAUCCAAACUCCACCCUCUUUGACUUUAAUUCAUAUCCCCGACUCAAGUUAAUAUAAGGAUUUACUUAGUCUUGCAUUAUCCACAAGUAACAUGUGACCAUACAUUGACAGGAAGUGGGGGCACCCUUGUUCAGUGAACACAUCUAGCUUUCUUCAAAAGAGCAGAAUUUAGUGUUUAACUAUAGACCAAUCACAAACUAUGGACUGGAGAUUAAUAGGAGUCCUGUAUUAAUUAUACAUAUCUGCAGAGUACAUAUCAUCAAGAUGGACAAUAUAUUUUUACAUGCUUCUGUGAUAAUACUCAUAAGAGUUAGUGGCAAGUACACUGACUUGUGCAUUUUUGUUAUUCAUCUUUUAUUCUGCUCAUUUUCUAAAAUAUUUGUCUUUUGUUUCCUUCAUAGGCUGAAUUAUUGUGUAGUUGUUAUUAUAUAGUAUUUAAAUUCUGUGAUAGAUAUCUGUGUGCAUUUAUUAGUUACGUUUUUUCUCAGUUUGCAAUUUAUUUUCUGUCAGCGUUCUCCGUAUAAUGAUUUUGGUAAGAAACUUACUUAGGGCUAGAUUAAACUCAUUUGGGAACUAAAAGUUGCAGUAUUUGAAUUUCAAAUAUUAUAUAGAAACAAGUGACGAAUUUAUUGAUUUGAGAUGGGGUGGGAACAAUGUUUUUGGAGAACUUGAUUUAUUGUACAACAUUUGUUAUUUGUUCCCAUUUCUGUGUCCUAAAUUAAUGUUGUUUCUUAUUGCCAUUUUGUUUAAAAUCAAAAUUAACAGAAUCAAACUCAUAUAGUUAUAUGUUGUGUUUAUAAAUGUAUACUACUGCAGCUUAAAUAGUUAGUUAUAUGUAUUCCUGUGAUUACUAACAAUAAAAUGUUAAUUGUUUUUGGUUGCUUCAGACAUAGAAACUGGAAUUAUCAUAAUGAAAAUCUAUUUUGAUUUUCAGAAACAAUAAAUCUCAUAACAAAUUAGGUAACAGCUAUGUUGCUUAUUGUUAAAAUGAAGAUCAAACCUUAUUUACAUAUUCUAAUUGUAUAGAAGUAGUGUUUUAUCUUUUAGUAAUGAUUAAACAUACAGCUUAUUCGGUACUUAAGUAUGCAAAAUAUAUGAUGGCGAUCUGUCUCGUAACACAUUCAUAUCAAGAUAAUGUUAGUAUUUAGCUUUUACAAUCAAAAUUUUUCAGAGAGAUUUCAUGUUUUAUUUUUCAGGAUUUAGAGCAAUGUACAGAUUUUUUCUCUUUCAAGUUCUGAGUAUGUUUCAGCUUAUGCCAAGUAUAGAUUUUAAGUGCACGAUUUUUUUCUUUCACUACACCACUGGAACAAUAUAACUGACGUAACAAAGUUACAUGAAAGAGAAAUUAUUAAAAGUGCUGUAACUGAAUAAAUUGGAAGCUUUUGAAUGAUGGUCUUCACCUUCUGAAUCAGCAAAAUGUUUUCUUUUUGAAUUGAGAUUUUCUCCAAAAUGCAGAUUUCAUUUUGAAAGUUGAGGACAGGUCUAAAAUUGUUCUUGUACCAAAUAAAUGACCAUAAAACAUCAGUGUAUCAUAUCAUGAGGUAACAUAUUAGAAUUUAUUCUACUGGUUUUAGAAAAUUAAGUGUCAAUUUUCUGUUUACAUUCUGCUGUUUUGCCUUGAUUUUAUAUAAAUUGUGCAAAAUAUAUUUAAACUGAUUAUAUAAUUAUGCAACAUUUGAUUUUUUAUAUUUUUAUACUAGUGAUGCAAUAAAUUUGAUUUAGA